CCUUCCCCCUCUCACUCGACCUUUUGAACACUCCCUUCCUUCCCGCCACUGCACUCAACUAAUACCACCCCGGCACAACUCCCGGCACUCCCGCAUCGUUAAUGCAUGGCGCCCUUCGACCUCGAUGCGUGCAUCGAGCGGCUCAAGAACAAGCAGCUGCUCGGCGAAGCGCUGCUUCGCGAGAUAUGCGAGAAGACCAAGGAGGUUCUCAUGCGCGAGUCCAACGUCGUCCACGUCUCGUCGCCAGUGACCGUCGUCGGAGACAUUCACGGCCAGUUCCACGACUUGAUAGAGAUCUUCAGGAUAGGCGGCUCGGCGCCAAACACAAACUACUUGUUCCUCGGCGACUAUGUUGACCGUGGCCUGCACUCUGUGGAGACGAUAUCGCUCCUCACCUGCCUCAAGCUACGAUACCCGGAGCGCAUUCAGCUCAUCCGAGGCAACCACGAGUCGCGUGCCGUUACCCAAACAUAUGGCUUCUACCUCGAGUGCACGCGCAAGUACGGUUCGCCGACGGUGUGGCAGUACUUUACCGACAUGUUCGACUUCUUGACCCUGUCAUGUGUUAUUGACGACGCCAUCUUCUGCGUCCACGGAGGCCUUAGCCCGUCAAUUCACCACAUUGACCAGAUCAAGGUCAUUGACCGAUUCCGAGAGAUUCCGCACGAGGGCCCGAUGGCCGACCUGGUGUGGUCGGACCCCGACCCAGAGAAGGAGGACUUUGCGAUCAGUCCACGAGGCGCAGGCUACACGUUUGGCGCAUCGAUCGUCAAGAAAUUCCUGCAGCUCAACGACAUGAACCACGUCUUAAGGGCCCACCAACUCUGCAUGGAGGGCUACUCGGUGCUAUACAACGACCAACUGAGCACGGUUUGGAGUGCGCCAAAUUACUGUUACAGAUGCGGCAACAUGGCCAGUAUCCUAGAAGUGUCGCCCGGCGGAGGAAGAUACUUCAACGUCUUUGACGCAGCACCAGAGAACGAGCGAGAUGGACCCGCACAGCAGCAAGCAUCAGCAAAGGCAAUAGAAUACUUUUUGUAGAGCCCAAGAGAGAAGUAGAUAUGAUGAGAGAGUCGAGCGACUCGACCACCCAGCAUUUUGUAAUGGCCAACGUAAUGUAAUACCCUGUGAAUGUGGUGGGGCAGUCGCGUGCGGUACAAGUGUGGGCGCGGUAACCGUGAUGCCGCUACUCCCACUCAAGAUGGGCAAAGAGGUCGUCGACGAGGCCGAAGCUGCGCUGGACCACCACG